GUCAGACAGUUUGACAAAUCUCUGAAGUAUGUUACAUUUAAUAUUCAAAGUAGGAACGUUGAUUCGGUGUCGCGAUCGUGUGUGAACAAUGCAUUAGAUCACAUCAUGAGGAGUCAGACACUCUGUCAAAAGUCAGCAAAGAAAAAAGCCACAGAUGAGACGAAGUUUACAGCCAAAGAUCAGUUAUACAAUGACCUGGUGGAUCUUUUUAAGCAGAAAGAUUGUUUUUUCCCAAACUCCAUGAGUGACUUGGAUGUUAUGAAGAAUGUGAACACUUUGGUGAAUGCGCUGUGGCUCAUCGACAAUGACAAUUUGAAAAAACUUCAAAAGAAACUUGCUGCACGUAGUAACAACAAUCAGGAAACUGAAAUAAGGCUCUUGAGUUUUUGUGGUUAUCAUGACUUCAAGAAAGUAAAGAAAAAAGCACCAAGACUGUCGGCAACUGAAUUAAAGUCACAUAGCACUGCUCUAUUCCAGUUGAUAUCUCUGCCAUUUAUGAGUAAGUGGAAUGAAAUGAAAGAUGAUAUUCUUGAAUUGGCAAAGUGUUUUAACAUUUAUGCAGACCAGUUAGAUAAGGCAAAUGAAGAACAGCAAUGUCGACGAAACCUUGAAUAUCCUGUACGAGAAAUAUCCAAGGAUGCCUUUCUCUACUAUGUUCCACAGACACAAAGAGUAGGGCCCAAGUAUACAAUCCUUGACACUUGUUUGGCAAAAAUGAACCAUUAUGAAUAUGUAUUCUUUGAUGAAGUAAUUCAUGUGGAGGAACCAUUCAGAACAAAUUUUGAUAGAUUUGACUUUCUUCAGAAGAUUGCUCUGUCAGUGCCGAUUAGUGUGCUCAAGUAUAAUCCUGGUGGAUCUGUUGGGGCCUCUGUUUUUAUAUGGCGAGUUCCAACUGACAGAAGUGUACAGGAAAUUAUUAAUGAGGGAUCAAGAACUAUUGAGAAUCUAAAACCACGUCUUCUUGAGUACCAUACCAGACGUAUGAAGUCAGAUUUCACUCGUAAAUACGGUGGAUUACAUGCUUGUCAAACACCGAAACAUAUACUAAGAUCUAUUUACAAAGAACUGACCCAUGAUGCCUCUGUCGAUCAAAAUCCUUCCAUUGAAUACAGAAUCCAAGAAGCUAUAUCAUCUGAAGACCCAGACCUGGUGAUAGAUUUACGUCACUUAAAUACUGGGAGGCCAGGAGAUACUUUUCAGGUUUUCUUUGAUCUCCUUAGAGCAAAGGUAGAAGAACAGUGUGCUGCCGAUGAGAGAAGACACAAUAUAAAGCAUGUUGCGAGGUACAUUCUAUUAGUGAUCUCAUAAGGGAUGUUAGUGCUGAUUUACCGACAGGAACCCCAAUUCCAAGUGAAUCGACGGUCUUAUUUUCUUUUGCACCCAAAAAUGCUUACAUUAGAACAGCACUGCUGUACAAAUCUGUAAUUCCUCUGCAAUUUAAAGUUCAGACACGGCAGUUGAGACUUUCUCACCAGGAUGAACACUACUGUGCAUCACAGUACAAAUACAUGAGACAUUUUGCAAAUAUGUUUAAAGAAAAUGUGACUUUUCUAAGCAUAGAUGAUAAAUCAAAAAUUGAUAUUGGAGAGCCUGGGCAGUACAUUUCAUCAGGUGUAAGGGGGAAGAAAAGUUUGGUUCCAUCUACUUCCCAGCUGUCUGCAAUGGAUCAUGAUGUCUCCAGUCUCCAUUACUCCAUCCGUAAUCAUGAAUGUGGCAUUACCAGAGGAUAAGUGUCAGUAAUAUUCAAAGAUUCAAUUUUCCAGGCUAGCAGCCCAUUCAGACAUGCAGCCGAGAUGCAAAAGAUGUUACUGGAUGAAUUGCCAGUUAAGCCUGUCCUGAUGAUUUACUCUGAUGGGGGACCUGACCAUCGACUCACGUACCAUUCUGUAAAACACUCACUGAUUGUGUUGUUCAGGAAUUUGAAUCUAGACAUGCUGAUUGCUGGAAGAACAGCACCGGGACAUUCAUGGGCAAACCCAGUAGAAAGGAUAAUGUCAGUACUGAAUUUAUCUAUUCAGAAUAUGUCACUUGCUAGGAAAGAAUGUGAUGGCAAUACAGAGCAAGUCCUAAAAAGUGCUAACACUAUGGCUGAAAUUAGAAAAAAAUCUGAAAAAGUGCCUGGUUUAAGAGAGCAGUGGUUGGAUUCUCUUGAUGAAAUCAUGAGCAUGCUCCAAAAUCGCACGCGUCGACUUACACUAAAAGGAGUGCCUUUUAAGUGCCCAAAUGCUGCUACAGAUGAGGCUGUAAAGUCAAUGGAAGAACAGAUACAGCAGCUUAUUGACAAUACCAUUGAGUCUGGGCAGUACCAGCAAAAACACUUGACCAACAAGCAGGAAUAUCAAAAAUUCCUACAGAACCAUUGUCAACAGCGACAGUAUACUUUCCAAAUUCGUAAAUGUAAAGACCCUGAUUGCUGUUCUCCAAUGCAGUUGCCAGACCUGCCAUGGCUACCUGAUCCUAUCCAGACUGCUGACAAGUUGCACUACAAGCCAUUGACUGAAGUGUUGGGUCAACAAACAACAGACAGUGACCGGCCCUCGGCAAAGAAUUCUACAGCAGCUUCAGUUG